AUGGACACAGAGAAUGUGAGUUUCUAUGAUAGCAUAGAGAGAAGGAUUGAGAGGCUAAGAAAGGAUCUGAAAAGAGUACCUGGAGAGAUAUCAAGUGAGAUGACGAAGCACAGAAUUUCAGCCAGGUGCAAGGAAAAGUACGAAACGUUCGUAAGAGAGAAAGUAAGGGAGUUGAGUGGGGAACUAAAUGAAGUGGCAGAACAGUGCUGUAGUAUAGAGGAUGAACGGGACCGUAUGUCCGAAGCCAUGAAAACAUUAGCUCCAGCAGUACAAUCCAAGGCGGACUGGAGCGCUGUUCGAACAAAACUUGAACAACUUUGUGUCGGGAUCACCCAGUUUGCAUUCAAGGGACAGAGACGUGGAACUAAGAGCCGAAGGGAUAUCGAUAUAGGAACGAAAAUCAAGUUCCAUCGAAAGGGACACAUAUGUUCCGACGCGGAAGCCCUGAAAGCCGUCUUGAAGCUCGCAUACGACACCUGCAUCGAAUGGACAGACUUUCUUUGCAACACAGACGCGAUUACGAAGCACGCCAGGAUCGAAGGACAUUCCAUUGAGAGAUCCUACAACGAAGGAUUGCAAGCAUUUCGUCGAGAGAUUGAGGGUCUGUCCAUGAAGGAGCUACCCACCAAGUCAGGACCAGUUGGAUACGCUACUUUUGAGGGAGGAAGCCUCAUAGAGAGAGAUGGCAUUCGAGGAAGAGUGGCUACAAAAGUAGCAACGACGUUGCUAGAUUGUUUGACGUAUUUAAAAAAUGGAGCACAUACAAAGCCUGAGUAA